AUGAUGCUCAAAGGAUUUACCAAGGGGCUGUUGCUCACGCAGCUCCCCGCCCUGGUUGCUGGAGCAAGUACUCCUGCUUACAAGGAUGCGAGUGCACCCGUUGAAAAGAGAGUGAAGGACCUGCUGAGUAGAAUGACGAUCGAAGAUAAGAUGGCUCAGUUGAUGCAAGGCGAUAUCACCAACUGGAUGAACCAAACAUCCGGCGAAUUCAAUUAUACAGGGCUAGUGACGAAUAUGGAGAUGAAGGCGGGCAGCUUCUAUGUUGGAUACCCUGUUGCUUGGGACUGGAUCGCGGACAACAUUAAGCGCGCUCAGGACUACCUUGUGCAGAAUACCACGCUGGGUAUUCCUGCAAUCACUCAGACUGAGGGAAUCCAUGGCUUUCUGAUCGGCAAUGCCACCAUUUUCAAUUCCCCCAUUGCAUACGGAUGUUCUUGGAAUAUGGACCUGAUUCAAGAAAUGGGGAAAAUCAUUGGACAGGAAGCUAAGGCCCUGGGUGUGAACCAGCUCUUCGCGCCUGUGGUCGACCUGGCACGAGAACUCCGAUAUGGUCGUGUUGAAGAAACGUUCUCCGAGGACCCUUUCCUGGCCGGCGAGGUUGGAUAUAACUAUGUCAAGGGCCUGCAGAGCAAGAAAGUUUCCGGAAUGGUCAAACACUUUGCUGGAUUCAGCAGUCCGGAGCAAGGCUUGAACACUGGACCCGUGCACGGUGGUGAGAGAGAGUUACGAACAACCUGGCUUCCUUCUUUCAAACGAGCUAUCAUUGACGCGGGCGCGUGGUCUAUCAUGGCUGCUUACCAUUCAUAUGAUGGAAUUCCGGCUGUUUCGGAUUACCAUACUCUCACCGAGAUCCUGAGAAACGAAUGGGGCUAUGAAUACUUUGUCAUGACUGACGCUGGCGGCAGCGACAGAGUCUGCAGCUAUUUCAAGCUCUGUGAAAGUGAUCCUAUUGACAAAGAGUCAGUGACUACGCAGCUAAUCACUGCCGGAAUCGAUGUUGAGAUGGGCGGUGGCUCCUUUAACUUCCAAAAAAUCCCCGAACUCGUCAAGUCCGGCAAGCUUGAUAUUGCUACUGUCAACACCGCCGUGUCCAGACUGCUUCGCGUGAAGUUCGAGAUGGGCCUUUUCGAAAAUCCAUAUACCGCCGCCCCAGAGAACAAAUGGAAGAAGCUCAUCAAUAGCCCCGAGGCUGUGAAGCUUGCAAGAAACCUAGACAAGGAGUCUAUCGUUUUGCUUGAGAACCACAACACAACUCUUCCUUUGUCCAAGUCCGGUAGCAUUGCUGUCAUCGGGCCUAUGGCGCACGGAUUCAUGAACUAUGGCGAUUAUGUUGUUUACAAAAGCCAAUACCGAGGUGUUACCCCACUGGACGGAAUUAAGGCGGCGGUUGGGGAUAAGGCCCAGAUCAACUACGCCCAAGGAUGCGAAAGGUGGAGCAACGAUCAAUCCGGAUUCGACGAAGCGGUCGAAGCCGCAAAGAAAUCCGACAUUGCCGUUGUCGUUGUUGGCACCUGGUCGCGAGAUCAGGUAGAACUCUGGCAGGGCUUGAACGCAACGACCGGUGAGCACGUCGAUGUAGAUGAUCUCUCUCUAGUUGGCGCGCAGGGCCCGCUGAUCAAAGCAAUUGCGGAUACUGGCGUCCCCACUGUCGUUGUUCUCUCGAGCGGAAAACCUGUUACUGAUACUUGGCUAUCUAACUCCACCUCCGCUCUUGUCCAGCAAUUCUAUCCGUCAGAGCAAGGAGGUAAUGCUCUUGCGGACGUUCUAUUUGGUGAUUAUAACCCGUCUGGAAAGCUAUCCGUCAGCUUCCCCCGCUAUGUUGGAGACCUGCCUGUCUUCUAUGAUUACUUGAACUCUGGCCGUUCGAUUGGUGACUCGGGACGGGAACUCAGCAAUGGAUCCCUUGUUUUCGGUCACCAGUAUGUCCUCGGCAACCCCCUGCCAUGGUACCCCUUCGGAUACGGCAAAAGUUACUCCACCUUCGAGUAUGGAUCCGUCAGUGUCGACCGGAGCAAAGUGUCGGCUUCUGAUAGCAAGAUAACCGUCAGUGUUGAUGUAAAGAAUACCGACACAAAGCGUGAUGGCACAGAAGUGGUCCAAGUCUACAUCUCCGACAACAUUGCUUCAGUUGUUGUUCCCAAUCGACAACUCAAGGGCUUUAAGAAGGUUGUCAUUCCCGCUGGGAAAACUAAGACUGUCAAGAUCCCCAUCAAAAUUGAGGAUCUCGGACUCUGGAAUACUCGCAUGAAGUAUGUUGUUGAGCCAGGCACAUUUACUGCCCUCGUCGGUAGUAGCUCAGAAGAUAUCAAGGGCAACGCGACUUUCACUGUACAGUAA